UUGGUCAUAUGUGCCUCCACGGCUUCCGUAUUUUGCAGCGACACUGUUUAUUAGCACUAGCUGCUAGCGCUAAGUGGCAGAAUGGCUGAAUAUUCGCGUGUGAAAUCGACUAAGCUGGUCUUGAAAGGUUCAAAUAAAGGGCAAAAGAAGAAAAACAAAGAUAAGAAGAGAAAAGGCACAGAUGACGAGGCGAAACUUGACAUUGUUGGAGGCUGGUGGUGUGUGAGUGGUUUUGGAGAGAUUGCUGGAACAAUUGCCAUAGAGAUGCAGAAUAACUCAUACAUCCAUGCCCUGGAUACUGGACUCUUCACACUCGGUGCACCACACAAAGAUGAUGAGGGUCCAGACCCACCAGAACAGUUUACUGCCGUCAAACUCUCAGACACACGGGUAGCAUUAAAAUCUGGAUAUGGAAAGUACCUGGGCAUCAACUCUGAGGGUUUGGUGGUGGGGCGCGCCGAUGCCAUUGGUGCAAGAGAGCAAUGGGAACCGGUCUUCCAGGAUGGUAAAAUGGCUCUCAUGGGAGCGAAUAGCUGUUUCAUUUCCUACAGUGACGAUGGAGACAUCGUAGCCAGCAGCAAGACAGCUGGGGACGACCAGAUGCUGAAGAUCAGAACAAGCAUGGAACGAGAGGUCAAGCAUAAAGACGAUCUCGCAGAUGAAGACAGAGGCAAUGUGAAGUCCUGCGAGGUUAAUUAUGUGAAGAAGUUUCAGAGCUUCCAAGACAGACGGCUGAGGGUUAACGAAGACGACUCUACAACGUUGAAGAAAGCCAGGACAGAUGGAAAGUUUCAUGAAGCUUUACUCGACAGGAGGAGCAAAAUGAAAGCAGACAGGUACUGCAAGUGAAGCCGCAGCGGAUUGUUCCUCCAUCUUUAAGAGUCCUGAUUGUGUAGUUAGUUGAAAUGGUUUUCAGUAUGGCUGUUUUUACACAUGUUUUGAAUAAACCUGUCAUGGUUGA